AUGGCCUCGUCAAACACAAGAGGCAGUCCAGCCAUGUCGCACUCGAGCACUGGCACAAAGUCGCCCGCAGCGCAAAAUUCCACACUACCCCUGGACUCGUCGCGCUACACCUCGGCCAUGACAGACUCGGACCAACCCAUCGAGCUCUCCGGCCCCGAUCACAAGCCCGCAUUCCCACCAAAAUACACAAAACGACCCCCUUCCUAUCCAAAUUCCGGCUCGCAACCUCCGUCAACCGAGACCUAUCAAAGUCGGGACGUCGGGACGGGCCGCUUGUACUAUCACAACCAAGGACCCGAUGAUCAUCGCCCGCCCGCCCAGCAGCAGCUCUACACGCAACCCCAACAAGACUAUUACCGCGCACAACCACCCCGACAACCCGUGCAACCUGUGCAGCACCAGCCGGCGCAUUAUCCAGUGCAGGAUCAAUACUAUCAUGGAGGACAAGCUCCCCAGGCUGCGGUGCCGAGGACGGAUGAAUACUAUCAUGUCCCGUCUCACGGCCAUGUACAGGCCCCGCCACAGCAAUACUACCAAGAGCGGGCGCAGGGGGAAUACUAUCAGCCGCGACAGUCGCUUGAUCAGCAGCAGUAUUACCAUGCGCAUGCGCGACAAGCACCGCAGGGAGGUGCGCAGAUUAAGGUCGAGCCUGAUGCUAUUGAUCAGUUGAUAUCUCGGGCGACGCCGGAGAGACAGAAUGUUGGGAAGGGUAGUCGGGGUUGA